AUGGCCAACAAGACAGUUCUCGUCACGGGCGCCAACAGCUUUGUCGCCGCCCAAAUCCUGCACCGUUUGUUCGAGGUCGGCUAUAAUGUCGUGGGUACAGUGCGCAGCACAACAGCAGCAGACAAAGUCCGCAGAAGUCAUGGCAAAUAUGGAGAUCGCCUGUCCUUGGCUAUUGUUCCCGACAUCGAAGCUGCUGGCGCCUUCGACGAAGCAGUUGCAAAAUCGGACAUCACAGGCGUCAUUCAUACAGCCUCGCCUUUCCAUUAUCCAGUUGACGACAACGAACGGGAUCUCUUCCACCCAGCCGUCAAUGGCACGCUCCGCAUCCUAGAAGCGGUGAAGAAAAGUGGACCGAGCGUGAAACGCGUCGUCAUCACAUCCUCGUUCGCUGCCGUCCUCGAUGUUAACGCUGGCUUUCGACCCGGCUACACUUACACCGAGAAGGAUUGGAAUCCCAUCGGCUGGGAAGAGGCCAAGACAUCUGCAGGCGGCGUUGCAUACUGUGCAAGCAAGGAAUUCGCCGAACGCGCCGCUUGGGACUUCGUGGAAAAGGAAAAGCCAACUUUCACAAUUGCAACCCUCUGCCCGCCGAUGGUCUAUGGUCCCAAUGGACAUUUUGUCGACAGUCUCAAAGGCCUGAACACUUCUUCGGCCACUAUAUGGAAUCUUAUCAAUGGCUCGCAAAGCGAGGUGCCGCCGACGGGCUUCCCAGCAUGCGUCGAUGUCCGUGACCUUGCGGAGGCCCAUGUUCGCGCUCUGACCUAUCCCGAGGCUGCUGGACAACGAUACAUCGUGGCCAGCGCAGCCUUCACGUUCCAGCAGAUCGCAGAUAUUGUUCGUGCUGACUAUCCUCAGCUCCGGGACAAGGUACCCGAAGGGAAGCCGGGAGAACCUCUGCCGCCUAUGUAUGUGGCCAGUAAUGAAAAGAUCAAGAAGGAGCUAGGAAUAGACUUUCGGCCACUAAAGGAGAUUGUGCAUGCUUCGGUGGAUAGCUUGUUAGAAAUCAAGGAACGACUGGGCAGCGAAGCUUAG